GUGAGGAGUGGGACCUUUGUCGUGCACCAACACCACGCCCGAGUGGGUCGCCAACUUAUCCCUGGGCGAAGAAGAAGAGGUGGCGAUGUAUAUCUCUAAAGAUGAUCAGGAAGCCGCUAUGAGAGCUUGGGAAGCAGAAAAGGAUGUUGUGAAGCGGCAGGCAUUGGAAGACGAAAAGAGGAUGGAGUGGAAGUUGGCAGUGAUGAGGGAGAAGAAGAGGAGAGUGKACGCGGCAGCGGAGGCGGCAAAAGAAUUAGAGGAAGUAAAGAAUAUAGAAGAGCAACUGGCCGCCCAGACCGAACUCCCAGCGCAAAUGCGAGUCAUAGCCCGAAACGUUGCACGCCUGGCACGAAUUCAGGCGGAGCAAUAUGAUUUUAGUAGGAGUCAACACAUAGUUGUGCGUUCCAUAAAGUUGGGGUUUCGGGACUUUGCGCGUGAGCUGGUAGGSGCUAUAGGGACCRAGGUGGKUCACCGCCUCGACAAGACUGAGCGGUUCUGUGCCGGCGUCAUUGAGGGCGUCAAAGCGGCAGCUCCCAAGGAGGAGGAGGCACRUCCUCCUCRUCGGGAACCGGUCAAAGUCAAAUUCCCUGAUUCCUACAGUGGAAAAAGGGAAGAGAACUUCGACAAUUGGGAGGCCAAUGUCAAGACCUAUGUGCAUCUGCAACAGGUCUCCCCGGAUCAGCAGGUUCUGAUUGCGAUUCACRCGCUCAGAGAUGAAGCCGCCAGCUUUGCAAGGUCCCUAGUUCGCGCUACCAAUUGCAGCGAUGACCCCGUUGCGUACUCCUCAUUCACUUCCCUCACUGAGUUCUUGAAGYUGUUGCGCGAGAGGUUCGCCGAUGUCGCCCGUAGCGUUAAGGCCUCAGACAGGCUGCAGACGAUCCACGCUYGUAAGUGGAAGAGCRCCARGGCACUKAAGAGUACCAUGGACGAACUGGUAGCUGUCCCUGACCACGGAKUUACAGACACCCAGUUGGUUGGCCUCUUUUAUCGGGCUAUACCCGAAGCCCUCCGAGGGCAUUUCUUCGCAAAGAGYGAAGACCCUGCCACUACAUACGAUUCCCUUAGUCGCGAAGUAGUGGCUUUUGAAGCCAAGUCUGYGUUUGUGUCCACUUUCUGGCACAAGGACUUGGACAAGGGUAAGCAAUGGAAGGGCCGCACUAUCUCAGGGCAAGUAAAGACCAAGGACAGCCUUGUCCUAACCUUAGAUGAGGGUAGURUGGAUGAGAUCCCCUACGACCAGAUUGAGUGGGGGUUAGAGGAGGAGGACAGCUGUGUGGGCCAAGGGAGAUCUUACGCUGCUGUCGCGGCUGGAGGGAGGCCGCAAGGAGGAAGAGGCCAGGGCCAAGGGGGCCGGGCCUCAGGGAGUCGAUUUCAGGGCGAUCAGGGGGUUGGCGGCAGAGGAGGAAACCGCCAAGCGGGAGGCAGGGGUCAAGGUCCCCCGCAAAACCGUCCUAGGAAUAGGUCUCCCUAUAGAAUAGGAGGAUGGAACCCAGGGCUACCUCAGGCAACAGGUGCAGAGGUGCUACUGCGAUUUCAGAACAAGAUGGGACUGAUCUGGAAUGGUGCACAACGGCGGUUUGGGUUUUUCGACAGAAACCAAACACUGUACAGCAUCUGUAACUUCGAGGCGUUGAUGUGGCACCAUGUGCUGGUGUCUGUGAAUGCCAGUGGUCAUGGGGCUCUGUACGUGGAUGGAGAGGUGCAGGCAAGUUUUGUGACAGAAUGGUAUCCCAGUCGAUGCGGGCCGGCUGCACCACCAUCUCCUCCUCCUUCUCCAGACUCUCCAGAGGACUGGGAUGUUUGGGGUCGAAGACGGCAUUUGUUGACUGCCAAGAACCUGUCUCACGAUGACAACACAAACAAGAGCUUGAAGCAUGUGCACCAAGGACAAAUGAGACAACUUGCAGUAGUUGGGUUGAAGCAAGGACAUGGCAACAACACGUGGAAUGUCAGUGCAAAUCAACGACUGCUGCUACCCGAGCUUCAGCCUACCAACCUCCGCGCUCCAGCAGACCUCCCUAAUCUGGAGGAGGGAUUCUCUCAGGGGGGGUGGAUACCGACUGUUCAGUGCUGUAAUUUCAGGAUCGGUUGGCAAUUGAAUGAACCGCCGUCUGCGCUCCUCAAGUCCUAUCGGGGGUUAGUAGAUGAGUUGGCGGUCUGGAACCGGGAUCUGGACAAAGCGACGGUCAAGGCAGUCCUAUUUCACAUGCCUAACGGGAUUCCAGUCCGGAGGUUAUCUGCACCCAGCGGUAAAGCUCUAGACUGGACCAUCGGACAAGUGCUGUACCUUCGGUGGAACAACCCAUGUCGGCUCAACGGUGGGGCUACUUUUGACACAGCUGGGUACAAUGCCGGUUGGAGAAUAGUCGGAGCAGGAAGGGAUAAGAGGUCGUUUGCAGCAGUGGAGGUCCUUGACCAAGAUGAUGACACGGCAGUCGUAGAGGAUUUCCCCGGAUCGGCACAGUAUGUUUACACAGGAGUGCCAUGGGCCGCUGCCUUUGUGGACAGUGUUGAGCCAACUAUUUUGCCAUUGGAUGGUGGGGAUGAGAUCACCAUCCGAGGGGUGGGAUUUGCAAGGAGUCCCUUUUUAAAAUGCGGGAUCCGAAAUCCCCCUGCCGAAGGGGUCCGUUCGAGGGGAUACUACUCCACCCCUACGUCAUGGAACUACCACCCUGGAGAGAACGAACCUUCUGCACGUCGGGGCCUAUGGCAUACUGCGGGACGAAAGGGACUGGUCUAUGAGCAUGAAAGUGGGAUACGACAUGGGAUCCAAAGGUACGGUUGGCCAUAUGCAUGGGGGGUGACAAAGGUGGACAUGGAACCUGCUGAAAUACCGCUCUCGAACAGUCAGGUGGUGAGUAUUCAGCAGAGGAUGUACCAGCAAAACCUGCAAUGGGAUGGAAAGGCCACAUAUGUGUAUGGGUCAUUCACCGAAGUCAGAUGCAAUGCUCCCCAAGCACCAUAUCCGUCAGACAGACUGCGUGUGGGGGUGAUCAACGAUGGAGGCCUGAUUUUCUCUCCAUCAAUAGCAAAUAUUAGCUACAUGGAAAUGGCUCUCAAGUUUUCAGGGGGUCAAGGUGCUGUGUCGGUGGACCUCACCCGUGUCUUCCGUGAGAGUGCACAAGCCGGUCCUGGGGUUGUGACAAUCGGGAUCUGGACUCUUCCCAGCAUGGUUCCAGAGUGGUGGUCCAAUCCAAAUAGUCGAAACCGGUUCCAGCAAACGGUGUUUGAGAUAGUCAUUGUAUCAGCUACCAGGACUGUGACAAAAAAGGUAAUGUAUACGGGCCGAUCAUUCCUCUUCUUCGACGGCGAGAACUAUGCAGAGAGCAGCCCAGCGCUUCCCAACCAAUGGCAUUAUGUGGCCCUCGCCUCUGCGGGCAAUGUGUCAUCGAGCUCCCCUGCUGGUCCAGGUUCUCGGAGCAACGCGAGCGGUUCUGUGAAUGGGACAUUCUUUAUGGAUGGCGUCUCUUUGGCUGCCCCCAAUGCAACCGAUGAUAUGAAAGCGAGGUGGAAUGAGUCUGUAGUAUUGCGAAUUGGCCAGGGGUUCCAGGGGCUGUUGGACGAGGUCCGAGUGUGGAAGUCGAAUCUGGAUGAAAGAACCUUGAUGGAUGGGAUGAUUCGACGGCUGGACCAGAAUGACAUGAUCAGAGAUAACCUCACUGCUUACUUUCGAUUCAACAAUAACAUGAGCGAUUGGACAGGCCAUGGCUUUGUUGGCAAGCCUCAAUGGGCCAGUCUGACUGUGUACAGGCUUGUGAGUGCACCGUGGGAACCAUCAAUCGUCUGGAGCAUCAAUGGCACAGAGGUGACUCAGGGAUUAGGUGGCACCAAAGCCGCGCUGGACAAACAGGGGGCAUGGACGGUUGAAGAGGAGGAGGGUGGUCUAGGUGAGAGUAUAUAUCGGGCUCCUAUGAGGGGCGGAGAGAUACUUGACAUCACAGGCUGGAACUUCGCUCCUAGCCCCUGGGCUGCCUGCGUUUGGGGAAUAGAGCAACGUUCUCAGGCACAGGAUGGCCGAGAAGACCCUUCACUCAUUCAAGUCGCUCUGAAUGACUCAACGCCAUCAAAUGACACAAUGACGACCAUGGGUGUGGAACAGACCUGGUAUGGCAGGUGCCCUGCAACUGCCAUCGGAAAUCAGGGCCAGCGUGAAUAUGCGAUCAAAGGGGUGUCUACACCUGGCCUGAGGUUCAUUCCAGGUCAAGGACGGAAAUUCUUGUCCACUCUCUUGACCACCGAUUCAGCCCAGUGGUAUUCCAGCACCAAUGUCCUCUGCACAACUCCGAAAGAUGCUUCACCUGGUCUCUAUCAAUUCGGCAUCGGUGCCAAGAACCUGCCCGUUGCAGAGCCACCACUGUUUGAGUUCAUGGAAUCUUCACUCCACUGUGAUGGAGGAGGGGUGUAUCUGAUGGCUGAUGGGGUAAGCCGAGCCAUAUCAACUCGUAUUCCUGGUAGCAGUGGAGCAACUGGAUAUUCAUUUGGUGCAUGGGUGUUCCCGUACAAAAGGACAUCAAAGGGGGAAGUUGUGCGAGGAGGAGGAGGAGGAGAAGGGGCGGAAAUGGAAGGUGAGCAGAGGCAGACGGAGGGCCAGAAGGAGGAGGAUGGAUCUUCAACGAACUGGGCUCAUCCUGAAACAACAGUGCUUUCGUUUGAGGCGCCUGGAAGAGAAGUCCGUGUGGGGAUGGCAGGAGGGGGCCGAUCACGGAGGAAUGUGGGACAGAUUAUCUAUGAUGGAACGCACUUCCUCUACUAUGAUGACUGCAUAAGAGAAGUACUGGAGGUUGAGUCAGUGGAGACAGGCAUGGAGAGCAGGUUUGAGGGUGGGAAGAGCCCCAUCGAGGGGACGAUGCCUAUGAUGAAGAGAGAGCCAAAAGCAUCGCUGCCAUUUGCAGGACGGCAAGCCAGGAGAGCGGAAGAUGUUGCUGUAGAUGAGAGUCCCCGCAAAGAGCUAACUCGCAGUACAGGAGAACUGAGAAAAUUGUUAGGGGGUCCCGGGUACCGAUGGGAGGUGGUGUCACCCCCAGAGCAGUGGCAUUUUGUUUUCAUUACCAUUUACGAGACAGGGGAAGGAUUCCUCUACGUGGACGGAGAAGUAGUUCAACUCUUUUCCACAAUGUGUCGUCCAGAUGAAGACGGGUUCUUCAGCAUCUGCCAGGACUAUCGUUAUGGGCAGAAGGAUCACCCUAGCGAGUUUUUCGCCGGGCUUGUAGAUGAAGUGCGAAUCUUCAAUAAGCCAAUGAAUGUGUCUGAAGUAGAGGAGACAAUGCUGUCCGUUCUGGAUGGCAACACCAGUGGCCUUGUUGGGUACUACAGGUUUACAGAGCUUUUAGAGGAGGAGAGGAGAUUAGUCAAAGAAGUCAUACUGCUCAAGGAAGAGGACCUGCUGCAAGCUGCACAAAAUGAGCCUCUGGAACCCACCUUUAUUGAAGAUCUCUCUCCAACCCGGGCACAUGCACAGCUUAUCAUGGGCCCGUCCCUGUUGAAUGGGACAGCGAGGGACCACAGGGGCAAUCAAAUCGAGAAGCUGAACGGGACUGAAGGAGAUCAUGAUGCAUUGUCUCGCUUUCUGUUCGUGAACACAACUGCUCCGUGGCAGCACUCGCUCAUUCUUGGUGUGGAUAUAAACCAAGGAGGAAUGAGAGGUGGUGACGAAGUGGAGUUCUACGGAGGACCAUUUGCACCAUGUGUCAUCCUGGGCGCUCGCUUCCCAGGAAAGCGCAAAGCAAGGGCACAUACUCUGCCACCAGCAGCUGGGGGCUACUCCUUCCGGGUGAGCUCACCGCCCACAACAGCUAUAUGUGGAGAGUCUGGCAACCUCACCGCCACCUACAGAGGCAGCCCAUCAGGAACCGAGGUCGACAUGCACUGGACAUACGCCCCAGGCAUGGUUGACCUUCAUGAAGGACUGGUCUCCUACUACCCCAUGGAUGUGAUUGGCAAUGUAACGGCGGAGACGGCCUCAUGGCAAUCUUCAGAAGACGAGGUAGCAGGGAAUGGUGGUAAAGGCAGUGAGCGACAGUUGGAUGAGUCGGGCGGCCUUGAAGGGAAGCAUCCUACGCUAGUGCACGUCGAGGUUGUUGAUUGGAUUGGAGGAAGGGGGGGAACAUUCACUUUUGUGGAAGACUAUGCUGGUCAGGGGGAGCAACCUGGAGGGCCAUCAAGGUGUGGCGUUCGGGGCAACCGGGAUGGGAUAGCAGCAGGGUCUCUUGAGGUAGAUCCAUCAAUGAAGGGGUGUGCCCUUUUCCUUCCAUGUCCCCUAAAUUACCUUGUGUCGUCAGAUGACUCCAAAUCUGACUCAGCGAUUCGUGACCUCAAAGCGACGGCCAUCAUAUCUGUGUUUCUGCACGAGAACCAGGCGAAUGCCCUGCCUCCUGAAUUGAGCUGUCUGCUGGGCACAUGGAAGUAUGUGUCCUUGACGUUGUCGCUAGAUGAUGGGCAAAUGGCACUCUUCAUGGGAUAUGAGAUGGUCAAAGAUAGAGAUACUGUUAUCGCCAAUUUUUUCAUCAGCCACCUGAAGCACUUCCUAAUGACUGGUAUCUUUUUCGACGGCAUUCAUAUAACUGUCGAUGACUUAUGGGUGUAUCAAAGGGUCCUGGAGGACUGUGAGAUAGCAGCACAUUACUUCACGUCAAAUUUCGCCAUUGAUUUCCCAAGGGGAAGGCAUCCGAGACGGGCAACGGGAUUGGAGCCCCGGUUAAGCAAGCACUCCAGGGCAGAGGGCACGAACGUGCCUGAGCCAGAUUUAAACGAGGGAGCUUCCAAUUUCUAUCAUUACCGCAAGAGGCCUAGUGCUCCUAAGAUAGAAAAGGAGCAUGUGUAUGGUGUCUGGCCCAUCCCCUUCCAGGAAGGUCUGGCCUUCAGCAUGACAGUUGAAGCUUGGGUCUACCCUUACACAACGCGCGGGUUUCAGACCGUAAUUGCUCUUCCCCUUCACCCAUCCAGCGAUCCCUACGUGGAUGGGCUGAACGCAGUUGGCCUCUCUCUCCAGGACGAUAACGUGGCAUUCUCUGUGUAUGUUGGCUGCCAGCUCGACACGUGCGAUGCCUUCCGUGAGGUUGUGGCACGACAAUGCCGGGUCGCUUCGCACCGCUGGUCACACGUGGCCGCCUCAUACAACGGCAGGGACAGUUUUGUGUAUGUUGAUGGAGUUCUUGUCCAGAAGGAGUCAUGGCCUGAACUUAUGCCAAUCACUGCCCUUGGUAAUCUUUGGUACCUGGGAACAGAAAACGGCAGGAUUGCCCCCACCGAUGGGAGACUCUACGCCUUCAAGGGUCUGAUUAAGAGUGCUGCACUGUAUGCGGGGAGCUCUGGCCCAUAUGGGAGGAUCAUUCCACAAGCACUUGAAGGUCUAUCUGAUGGCAAGGGAUUCCUCCUGCCAUAUGAAGUGCGAAGGCACGUGGAGUGCCCAUUCCGUGGAGCAGAUGCCUUUGGGGCACGCCCACCGACUGGUGAGCGAGGGAGGACUCUGAGUGCUUCCUGGAACUUGAAUGUGCCCUUCCGUGAGCAUGCACCCCCAUGGAAGUCGUCACAAUUGAAGAUCAAUGGCUCCUCUGAGGUCCUUCCGUUGGGACCGAGCGUGGCCUCUGAAUCUUCGCCCAUCUUAGCCAUCAGGAAAAGGAUGUGGGUCAAUGCAUCCUACGAUGGAAUUUCCUAUGGGCCACAAACUCGAGUGUAUGGCACUGCUGUUUUUGAGAUUGUGUCGGGCUCCACUGGAGUCUUUACAAUGGAAACUUACGAUAUGUGCGGCAAGAAGCGACUUCUUGGCGGGGAUGAAUUUGCAGUCACCUUGACGCUCAUUCGUGAAGGAGAACAAGAAAGUCGUGAUGCUCUGGGUACACCAGAGGAUUUACCCCCUGAAGCGGCCCCACUCCCUUCAGAAGAUGGUUCAGCCACAGACACGGAAGGUGGCCCCGCCCCAUCCCCAUUUCCAGAUGCCUUGCUCAUGGCACCAACACCAGCCACUUCGCCUCCCCUCAUUGUGACAGGUCAUGUGAAGGACUGGAACGAUGGCACAUACUGUGUCACGUACGAUGCUCCCAUUUGUGGCCGCUACAAGCUGGCAAUAUCCCUGAACGGAUCGCUUUUGCACCAUCUACUCACGGAGACGGUUGUGCGACCGGGACUAACUUCCGAGAACAAUUCGUACGUGGUAACUCCCAAUGCCACAACUGCCGGUUGCGCCGGCAUAGAAAAUCGGCUCAUUAUCCAAGCGGUGGAUGACUAUGGAUGCAAAAGGAUUACAGGAGGAGACAAAUGGUAUGUCAAAUUGGCUGGGCCGCGUACCGCUUCGGUAAUGGUCACUGACCUGCAGAACGGGCAGUACCAGCUAUUGUAUCUGCCACAAGUUCCUGGAAGAUAUCGGAUAUCAAUUUGGUUGGUGAAGGAUGAGGGAGUUCUAUCACCCUUGGCAGGGUGGUCAGAUGUCUGCAUGGAUGUCUGCAGAGGGUACUCUCUGUGGUUCAACGGCUACUCCAGCAUCGAGAUUCAGGAACUCCCCGAAGACGAUGAAAUUUUUUUUCCUCAACCAAUCAGCGACCAAAACGCAAGCACCACAGUGGCCAUGGACCUGACAUCUACAAGUAGCUCAUCCCCUAAUGGCUCCUCUUCAUUGUACAACAGCACAUUACCACGCACAGCGCGGUACGGAUUGCUCGACCUGACAGACCCAGGAUGGGGUUUCACACUAUUGGCAUGGAUCCUCCCGGAAAGGUUCCCUACGAAAAAAGAAUUCUAUGACGGACGGUGGAUAAUUGCAAAAGGGAGCCAUGAGCAGAUGAAGGCAGGGGGAGGCUAUUCGGUGCGUGGGUAUGAGUGGCGGCUGUCCAACGACUUGACACAGAUGACCGCAUCUAUAUAUGUGGGGAGGGGUUUCUACCGCACUGUAACGGGUGAGCUUAAGCAGGUCCUGGCACCAGACUCGAACCCCAACCCUGCCCCUGGGAGAGAACGGUAUGGAUGGACCCAUGUUGCAGCUGUGUAUGGCUCCAGUGGGAGAUGGUUCGCUCUCAUGCAGGACGGCAUUGUGAUUGCAAAUGCAACUUGGAACGAGUCAAUGUAUGGUCUACCCAAUGCUUACUAUCAUCCGUUGGGAAUCGGGUUCAGGUUCAAGGGGCGGAUCGAUGAGCCCUCCGUAUGGGGCGUGGAGCUCAAGCGGCCAGAAAUACGUCGACUGAUGCAUUGCCCAGCGUGGAGCAACAAAUGGGCGGCAACACGCCUGGCAUAUUACUCUAUGUUCUCAGAGGGCAAAGGGAUGCGAGUGAAGGGGUGGGGCAAUCCCAACUGCUGGGUCAACCCGCCACGGGAAGUGGUAACCAACCUUUACGAUGAGCGCUUGGGAUGCUUGGAGGGAGUGCUGAACCCACUGGGGAGUGACCCUGCUUACUACCCUCUGUGGGCACCUGAUGUCCGUGAACCUACACUGGCACAGCUCAACUCUCCAGCAGGCAGUGAUGCCGCUCUCCUGGGUACUCCUGUUUGGAACUUGCCGACUGUUCCGGGAAGGGGGGGACGUUGGGGUGUGGGCUCUGUAAUUGGUUCGCCUGCUGUCACGGGAUCGGUUGUCCGCGGACCAGGCGUCAAACUCACAGAAGUCGGUGACACCAACGUGACUGUUGACAUUCUUGAUGCAUGCGGCUAUGGAUGUACUAACCAAUUGGACAGGGAUUCCCUCACGCUGUACCUGACACCAUAUGUUCUGAACUGGACAAAUAAGGUCCACGAUCCACUGGAGUACCCCAUCGAGUGGCGAUUGAAAUCGGUGCCUUUUCCAACCUGCACUCUGAAUCAUCCGAUCUGUUUGAACCACUUUGUCCCACAUCAGAUGGGUACGGAGGGUGCUCAAACUCCUUCAGGGUUCCGCUCCAUGUUAAUGCAAGGUGGUACUGAUGUUGGGGAACCAGGCUCUGCUUCAUGGUUGCCAUUGCAGCAAAAUAAUCAGUGGAACAGCACAGCAGGAGGUGGUAGAGGACGGAAUACUCUGGUGUCACCUCAUAUCAGCCUUGCAACUUCACCCGCAUCUGCUCCCACAGUCCCAUAUGAUAGAACAUGGAUUGGACCUGCUUCUACCCAGUCUGGGUCUCCUGUUUCCAUCUCUUUGCUCCGCCCUAUAUCAGUGCCUGAUUUCCCAGAAAUGCCUGGUAGCCGGUGGACUUGCUGGUAUCGUGCCUUGAAAGCGGGGACAUACCACAUUGGUAUCCUUCUAAAUGGAAGCUGGAUUUAUAACUAUAGGGAGGGAUUCAACGACGUCACAGUUCCCACGGAACAGGACCCGGCAGUGUUACAUGUGGAGGAUGAAACUCUGCAGGAUAAACAGGUGGAUGGUGAACCGAGGCCCCCCCCGAGGGGGUAUGGUAACCUUACUGUCGAGGAGGGCGAGCUGAUGUUCGUCAAUGUGCCAGUUGACCAAACAAAAGGAAAGCAUCUUGUUGUUGGGAUCACCUCCUCUUUCCUUGUUGUUCCAACAGACAAGUACCAGAACCCCAUAGACGGAGUGCUCUCUCCCGAGAAGGAACACUGGGUUCUUGAUCAGAUCCGAGCACGUGUCUCCAUCACCCCAAGAGGUGGCAUUGGGAAUGCAGAGGUUGAUGUGUUGAGGACAGAAGCAGGUGACUUCCGUGUCGUAUUUGCACUGAGUGAUCCUGGGGUUUAUGAAGUGGCUGUGAGAGGGAGCUUGACGGUUGAUCGAUGGAAUGUGGAUGCUGCUCCUGUCCCAUGGAGAAAAAUGGUUACCUCCGCGGCCGGCGACGAAGCAAUUCCGAAAAGGGUGCAGCGUGUUGAGCAUGCCAGUGUGGCAUAUAGACGUGAUGUGUACAUUUUUGGCGGUGCCACAUAUGACCGAACCUACAUGAAUGACAUCUGGGUGAUGCGCAAUGCUGCAGUCGGUCCGAGAGGGGAGGGAACUGUGGGCUCCUUCGGUUUCUUGAAGCCUAUCACUGUAGUUGGCGGUGGAGUUCCCGAUGGCAAGGAUGGUGAAAACUUAGCAGGGGCCUCAGUAACCCUGCAAAUCAUCGUCAACACUGCGGAGCUUGUCAGGCUUGGCAGAAUGACAGAGAGAUGUGGCGACGUGAUGUUCGUGGCACACUCCACAGGUGACAGGCUGCCUCAUUACCUUGAUCGAUUUCCCGAAUGCCCAAGCACAUCGACAAGGUUCUGGGUUAACGUACCUCGCAGGUUGCUUGACAAGGAGGGGCCCACGACUGUGAUGAUGUACUAUGGAAACGCAUUUGUGAAAGGGGAUCUGUCAGACCCCCAUGGUGCAUUCCUCUUUUUUGAGGGCUUCGAGGACAUAGGGCCAUAUGCGGAGGGGAUUCAACCCAGUGCGAAUGAUAGCUCGGAGUGGAAGUUCGGACCUUUUCAGGUUCAGCCGGAAUGCGGUCGUACAGGUGAGUUUGUAAACCUCACAGCAGACAGGGAUGCGUUUGAAGUGACGAACGACACCAAGUACAUUGGUCGGCAGUGCCUGAGGGCGAAAUGGGGGAGGAAGGGAACCUUGCAGAAGCAACUCCCUAAGACACUUGAGCAGUUUGUUGUCAGGGCUUGGUUCUACGAUAGUGAUUCUGAGAAUGGGUCAAAUUACUUGAGCUCGGAGAUCGGAUCGUGUGGUCUCCGUCAACCGAACAGAGUUUUUCUGGUCAACGGCAGGUUGGAGGAGCAACAAGAGUUGCUACGCAUGCCCAGUGGCAGGCUUCAUGGCACCAUAUCCCAGCAGCUGGAGAGUGCGGCAGCUCAACUUGGCAUGAACCUAGUUCCCGUCGAUUUUGGAUGGGUGGAAGGCCAUGAUUUCUUGGAUCCAUCUCCGACCCUGGGAGAUGUGCUGAGCAUGGAGGAUGUAGGGUUGCUUAAUGGAACUCUUGUCCGUCUGAGAGCCUCUGAAGGGGAGUUGGUGAGGGAAUAUAACUGGGCAGGUGAGAAGAUCCUCAUCAUGGAGACGCUGGAGGAAUUCCCUAUCUCCGUUGGCACCUUCGCGCCAUCCCAUGUUGCGAGGUACACCGUGGCACCUCCCUGGGUCGCCACUCGCCUUGGUCGCACCGCUGGCUGGCAUCUCCUUGAGAUCAAGGCUGGAGGUUCUCCAUAUGGAGCGUCCAUCUGGAUUGAUGGUAGGAAAGUGAUGCAGGUUCUCAAUGCUACAGGAGUCAGGAUGGAUAGGAUCCGGAUCACUGCAGGAUACGCCAAUGAGGAUGAGAGGUUGAAAGGAUGGAAGCGCGAAUUUGUGCCAAGCUAUGCACUUUGGGAUGACAUAAUCGUUGCUGAGGUGGACUUCCGGCUUGGGAGAAGAGGGGUUAUUCACGCGCCAAGGUUUGGCGCAGGCAAGGAUAGGGCUGCAUCGUGGGUCCUCAAUCGUACAUGGGAAAGGCUGACGCUCAAUGGGUCGAAUGUCGUGCUUCCGCCUGCUCGGUAUGCACAUUCAGCUGUGCGCUAUACCCAGUUCAUGUAUGUGUUUGGUGGCGAGAGGAGUUCGUACAUCUACAAUGAUCUCUGGGCUUUCGAUCUCAGGAGGCGGACAUGGAAUUUCCUCUCGAAAUCAAUGGAGGGUCCAUUACCAAGAUAUGACCACUCGGCAGCUAUGUCCGUGGAAGGUCUUAUGCUGGUCUUUGGUGGACGAGGUUUCCAAAGGGAACUCUACAAUGACUUGUGGGAAUAUGACACUCAAAUAAAUGUUUGGACAAGACUGAAUUACGGAGGGGCUACCCCAACACGAAGGUUCGGGCAUUCAGCAGCAAUUGUUGACAAAGGCCGUAAUGGUGGGCAGUGCAUGUACAUAUUUGGGGGCUAUACAGAAGAAGACCAAUUUUCAGAUGAGCUGUUUGAGUACUCAUUGACGACCAGGUUGAUGAGGAAGAUUCCCACGCCAGUCGAGUUGGAACCACGGUACUCCCACUGCUCUGUGGCCAAGGGACUCUUUUUGUACAUCUUUGCGGGGGCGGCAUCAUCCCAGACCUUCGGCGAUCUGUGGAGGUUUGACGCAGGUAAUGAAAUCUGGAUUGGGAGCACUGUUGUGGACAAAUCGCAGUGGAACUCCUCAGAAACGCUUCCGUAUGCGGUCGAGCAGGGCCUUCCUGUUCUGGUAGAUGAGAACAUGGCCCUUUAUGAGCACACAUGUGGGGUGUUUCCCGGGGGAAUGUAUAUUCAAGGAGGCCAUGGCCAUGGGAAAUACCAUUCCCAAAUGUAUAUGUACCCAAUAUAGAUGUAUGUACAUACACAUGUAUGCCUUGUUGUGACGUAGAUCAACAAUUUGUAGCAUUACCGUUUUGUCAGUUUAGGGUGUGUGAGUCGGGGGAAGGGAGAAACGAGGAAAGCGGAUGAAGUUUGAGAAUGUUUGAGAAUGUUUUCACCGGUGUGCUUUGAGAUAAUGUCGUCGAGUGAUUUCCGUCUGUCUGCUGUGAGAGCAGACUCGCACUGGGACUUUCCGGGAGGAAUCUUUCCGCAAGUACGGCCGCCAGUGAACGUAUCUGACCACAGUUGCGUCAUCAAUCAGUCAAAAUUUCACCCAGCUUGAGUAUGCCAUGACCCUGCUGUAAUUUUCAUGAGAAGUUGAAAUUUUAACCGAUGAGGUGUUUUCCUGUCACAAUUUCUUAAUUUUCUAUUUACUAAAUUACUACGGCGUUCUCCAACAUUUUACCCUUUUUGUUCCCUGGCUUUCCUAUCUUUCGAGCUUUAGAUAUAUCACCCACGGCCCUCACAAUUCAAAUUUCGGAG